AUGGACGAUGAUAUUAUUGAUCUUCUGGUUGUUUCAGGCGUUGCUGCUGUCGGCUUUAUCACUUUAGCAUAUCUUGUCACAAAGAUUUACUCAGAUAAAAUUAAAAGGAGUUUAUUGCGUUUUAAAAAGAAAAUGAAGCAUUUUAUUGCUAUUCCAAAUGUCGCUGUUGUACAGAGCCCAAAAUCGGUGUUGACAUUCCAGAAGUUCAAUGGAGCUGGAAGAAUGCAUACUGAAAAUUCAAGAAAGAUUCUGACACAUUCGGUUGAGCCUUUAAAGAAACAGUUGAUAAAACGAGUACGAAUAGAAGUUGAAGAGUGCAAAGAGAAGUUGGACAGCAGGUCAUCGUUCAAUUCACCAAAUAUCGAGAGGUCCUCCUGUACUUCGCUUUCAUUCAUCACAACUAUUUUAGUGCAGAGGCGGAACACGUUAUAA